CCGUACGGGAGGACGCCGAUCCAAAGGCCUCACCGAUAGUGUCCGUCGGGUGACUCCCAACCACAGAGUUAUAUACAUAUAUGUAUAUAACUGUGCUCCCAACUCAAGCUCAGUCUAUAUGCAGUAGUGUUUGAGCGUGGCGCCUCGGCGUGUAAGCGACCCCAAAACGUAAACAAGACGCCGCCGCCACGCGUUGGGGGGAGCCGCAGCCAGCCCUCGCAGACACUGAAGGAGAAGAAGAAAAAGUUGUGCCUCCAGUGCAGUGUGUCCGUGCCGGGCUGAGUGUCUGAGGCCGGCCCGCACCCCGCCAGGAGGAGGGGCGCCCGCAGGAGUGAUGCCGUCCAGCACAGAUGAUGUGCAGCGGCACUCGGUGCACACACUGGUGUUCCGCUCACUCAAGCGCACCCAUGACAUGUUCCUGUGUGACCAGGGAGGCCUGCCACCCGUGGAGGAGGCCUUGGAGAAGCUGCGGCGGCAGGCUAAGGCGCGGGAUCAGUAUGGGCCUGUGCUGGGGCUGGUGAGGCACAACAGACGUAAGGCUGCUGCAGCGCCCCAUGAGAUAGACAUGGAUGACCUGCCCCCCAAGGCCAUCGAGGCAGCCAAUGGCACCAUGGCCAGCCCCCUUGCUCUGCCCCCUCCUUCAGGACCACACCCUCCACUUCCCCCCACACCUCCACCCCAGAGCAUGGCCUUGAUCCCCUCAUCUACCCCGAGCGCUAGUGUUGGACAGCAGUCCCUGGUGCCGCGCCGUGCCCCCACAUUGCCUCGCCCCAAAUGGCACGCCCCAUGGAAGCUGGCGCGGGUUAUUUCAGGUCACCUGGGAUGGGUGCGCUGUGUGGCAGUGGAGCCAGCCAAUGAGUGGUUUGCCACUGGCUCCAACGACCGUGUCAUCAAGAUCUGGGACCUCGCCUCAGGCCAGCUCAAGCUCUCCCUCACUGGCCAUGUGUCCGCCGUGAGGGGCCUUGCCGUGUCCCCUCGCCACCCUUACCUCUUUUCUUGUGGGGAAGAUAAGCAGGUCAAGUGUUGGGACCUUGAGUACAACAAGGUAAUCCGGCACUAUCACGGCCACCUGAGUGCCUGCUAUGGCCUUGCUUUGCACCCUACCAUUGACGUGCUGGUCACCUGUGGUCGAGAUUCCACCGCUCGAGUGUGGGACAUGCGGACCAAGGCCAACAUCCACACCCUCACAGGCCACUCCAACACCAUCGCCUCCGUGGUGUGCCAGGCUGCCGAGCCACAGGUCAUCACAGGCUCGCACGACUUCACCAUCCGCCUGUGGGAUCUAGGAGCAGGCAAGAGCACCUGCACCCUCACCCACCACAAGAAGAGUGUGCGCGCCCUCGCCAUCCACCCUGAGCUGUACAUGUUCGCCUCGGGGGCACCAGACAACAUCAAACAGUGGAAGUGUCCAGACGGGAAGUUCAUGCAGAACCUGACAGGACACAAUGCCAUCGUCAACUGUCUGGCCAUCAACCGCGAGGGAGUCAUGGUGUCAGGGGCAGACAAUGGCACACUCUACUUCUGGGACUGGCGGACAGGGUACAACUUCCAGAAGCUGCAGGCCCCUGUGCAACCAGGCUCCAUGGACAGCGAAGCCGGUGUGUUUGCCGUCACCUUUGAUCAGAGUGGCUCGCGACUCAUCACGUGCGAUGCUGACAAGACCAUCAAGAUAUACAAGGAGGAUGACACAGCGACGGAGGAGACGCACCCUAUCAACUGGCGGCCGGAGAUCCUGAAGAGGAGAAAGUACUGAGGUCUGGGUGCGUUGAUGCAGGUGUGUGUCACUGGCAUGCACACACACUCACACUCACUCAUUCAGCUCUGUUGGAUGAAAAACAGAGGAGUAUUUUGGUGUAUAUGUGCCCUUUGUAUGUAAGAAUAAAAUUUUACCAACUUGA